AUGUCCGUCGAAGUUGAGCGACUAAAGUCGUCCAUUUCAGUUACCCCGAUAUUCGAUGUUGACCAGCGUACGGGAUUCAUGGCGCCGGAUCCUCCGAUUCCACGCUUACCGACCGCAUGGGAGCCCUGGGAGGCCGCCCUCGACGCCGCCGUGCAGGCGAAACUUCAAUUAGGAGACAAGAUAGGGUUGACGAACCUGGAAAAAACCACAUCAAGCAGAUGGAGAGAGAGCGUCCGACAGCUCCCUGUUCUUGCCACAGAAGAACUCUCCAACUCUGCUAUUCUCCUGCGGCGCGCGCACCUUGUCCUUGCAUAUAUUUUACACUUCUAUGUCCAAAGUCUCCCACUUACCGCAGAGAUAUUGAUACCUGAAUCGAUUGGCGUCCCCUUGCUGGAGGUCUCCUCCAAACUCGACAUCCCGCCGCUCCUGACCUUUUCCGACACUGUGCUCUAUAAUUGGCGCUUUCGAGAUGAAGAGAGUGCCGAAGAUUCGGUACCGACACCUGAUAACAUUCGGAGCCAGACGCUGUUUACCAACCUCGUCGACGAAGAAGAGUUCUACCUCUGUUCUGCACGCAUUGAGCUCCGGGGUGUCGAAAUCCUAGAGUUGAUGAGAGUGACAAUGGACGAAACAUUCGUCGGUGACGUUAUUGCCGUCUCGCGGAUCAAAGAAUAUCUCAAAACUAUUGCCCGAGUCAUUGGAGAGCUGAAGGCCCUCCUGAUGAGCGUGAAGCAGGGCUGCGAUCCUGAUGUUUAUUACAACAAGGUACGGCCGUGGUUUAGAGGGGAGGACUCCGCGGAGACUACCAGAAAGUGGAAUUUUGAGGGGUUAGACAAACAUCCACAUCUCAAGCUUCCCACCGAGCUUUCAGGGCCAAGUGCAGGUCAAAGUUCCAUGGUUCACGUUCUCGAUGUCUUCCUGGGCGUAGACCAUCAGGCAACGUCUCCCGGAAAGCCGUCGUUCAUGUCGCGCAUGCAGUCGUAUAUGCCGCGGAACCAUAGGCUGUUCCUUGAUCAUCUCAAAGCGAAUCCUCGUCCUCUGCGAGCGUUCGUGGUCGACGCAAACAAUGCGGAGUUGCUGUCAGCUUACAAUCAGGCUGUCAUGUCUUUAAAGGAGUUUAGAGACGCACACAUGAUCAUCGCCACACUGUACAUUCUAGGGCCAGCCAGGCGUGCGUCUAAAUUGGCGAAUGACAUUGCGGAACAUGAUUCUACCACCAAAUCAAGAGCCCCUGUCGGAUGGACGCCUGUGAAGGGAACCGGAGGCACAGAAUUGGUAAAAUUCCUGAAGGAUACUCGAACUCGUACCAGCGAGAGCUUGAUACACUAG